AUGGCCUCUCCGAACACAGCAACUUCUCCACAGUCUGCGAGCCUGCCGUCUCGCUCGGCUACCAGAAACUCGAACGAUGACGCCAUCCCGGACGAGGACAGCAGCGAGGUUACGAAGCUCUUCCACGAGCGUCUCCAGGCAUGGAAGCAUGCGUGCGUGUACUUUGAAGAUUAUGUCGAGGCGACGAGCAAGAUGUACCAUUCCGCUUCCAAGGACUACGAGAAGGUACUCAAGACCGUCAGCAGCCCAUUGAAGGAGGGACAUCACUUUGACCAGAGCCUGGGAGGCGUUGCUGGACUUUUUGACAACAUCCGCAGCAAUACUCAAGGGAUUCAAAACAGCAACACCGAGACUAGCAAGACGCUGAAGGGAACCAUACUCCCGAUCUUCGACCGACUGCACACUGAGAUCAAGAACAAGACGAAAGAGCUUAACAAGGGCGCUGGCAAGGGCUCUAAGGCUGUCGAUAAGGCUCGCAACACUUCUCAGAAACACAUUGAGCUGCUGGGCCAACAUACGGCUACGUUUGACUCGACUGGAGGAAGUAUGAAGGCUGGAGAUGACCCGUACGUCCUGCAACGUCAGGUAUAUCACCGUCUCAACAAGCAGGUGCAAGAGGAGAACAACAAUCGGGAUGAUAUGUUGGCAGUGCAGAACAGCUUUUCGCAGUUCGAAGCGCACGUGCUUGAAACCUUCAAGACCGGACUAUCCCAGUUCAAUCAGGUGGUUACCAACCAGACCGAUCAAACUCGGAACAUGUACGGAGAUAUGGUUGCAAAUGUGCGUCCCUUGUCAUUCGACACCAAUUAAGGAAUUCAUGCUGAUUGCAAACAGGCCCAACGUAUCCCAGCAGACUUUGAGUGGAACGGAUUCGUCAAGCGCAACGCCAACAUCCUCAUUGAUCCAAGUGCACCCAAGCGGACUGUGGAAAAUAUUGGAUUCGCCAACCAGGACCACAAGGCCAGUCAACCGCUUAUUGCCGGCUCUCUGGAGCGCAAGAGCGGCAUGCUGAAGAAGUAUGAUGCUGGCUUCUACGUCGUCACUCCAUCCAAGUACCUCCACGAGUUCAAGACCGACGACGAUUUCGCCAAAGAUCCUCACCCGGAGAACAGCUUGUACCUGCCUGACUGCCUCAUUGGCGCAGUCGACGGUGUAAAGUUCAAUGUGCGCGGAAAAGAUACCAGUGGCAGCAGCAUCAGCAACAAGAUGGCUCGCUCGCACGAAUUCGCAUUCAAGGCACACACUGCGGGCGAUGCCCAGAAGUGGCAUUCUGUGAUUGCCAGUGUCGCGGGCCAGACGACCAACGAGAAGCCAGACUCGACUCCUAGCAGCCCUACUACCGGCAAGGGAGAGGUAUGUACUAUCGAGCCACAACUUAAAACCGCUUCUUGCUGAUUCUUGUCACCAGUACGGAACAAUCGAGCCCUCUUCUGCCACGACGGAGACCGGGCCUGCACACGAGACUGGUACCAUGUAG